AAAUAGAGAUUAGCUGCCCCGUUUUCAAGGAUGCUGCGGAAGGGAUUUCCACAUCCCUCGGAGGUGACCUCUGUUCUGCUCUUUGCCCUGAGAAUCUCUGAGAGAGGGGAGGUCACGACCGGGAGGAGAAUCCACCCGUAAGGGGAAAGGGUUAAGCGGGGAUGGAGCUCCUGUGGGCGGGCUCGGCGAUCGGCAGCGCCGGGCUCUGUUAGCCAAGUCUGAGCAUCUCCGAGGAUGCGGCGCGGCGAGCGGCUGCAGGGACGCGCGCAAGGUGAACGCGGGGGCUGCCGGCGUGGCGCCCAGGCUCAUCCAGUGAGGACUGGAAGUUGAGGGCUCAUGGCCCAGGCAUCAGAGUGGACCAUGGCCCCCAGCCCGUGGGGCCGUGUAUGUGGCCUCCUGCUACUGUUGCUUCUGCUGUCCCUGGGCGCUGGCCCUGCCCUGGGCCGGGGCCUUCCCAGGCCACUUGAGGACUUGGAACCACAGCUGAUCCCAGGAGCCCACCCCAAGGGUCCUGCUGGCACAGAGCCCCAGGCCUUCAACUUCCUCUGGGAGAAGCCCAGAGUUGAGAGCCCCUGGGACUCCAGUAUCCCCCAGGUCACUGCUGAGGAGGCGCCUGAGCGGCCUGCAGACUCUCCCCUUGGCCCAGCCCUGCAUGGACCUAAAGCAGCCGAAGGGGCUCAGAGAGAAGGACUCCCACUAACUGAUGACCUCCAGGUGGCUCGAGGGCCAAGUUCUCAGGGCUGGACAGGACCUCCUGACUCACAGGAGCCUAUGGAGCAGGAAGCACCAGCCCCCCACCCAGUGGGCCCCCCGCAUCUUACUUUCAUCUCCACAACUCCCAGACUCCAACUUGGGGUAGCCACAGUUCCUCCCUCCCCAGGGGGGCCUGGGGGCCAGUUGGGAAGGCAGCCCCCUAGAGAUGAGGGUCUGGUGGCCAAAGCCAAGACUCGGCUCUCAGAGAUGUCCCCCUCGGACUCCCAGGGCCCUCUCCACACUCUCGUGCCCCACUCGGGCACCAUCAGGAGGCCGGUGCUGGAAGAACAGGGUGAGGGAGAGGAGGGCUUCCAGGAGGCAGCUCGAGGUCCCCUCUUCAGCCAGCAGGAUCCAGCAGCCUCUGAUGUUGGCUCAGUAUCCCCAGUUGAGGUGGCAUCCUCUCAGGAGCCUGGGUCCCAGCCAGACCUGGCAGUGGCCAAAAGCCUUCCCCCUAAUGAGGAGCUGCCAGUUGAGCUCCCCAAGAAGGCUGGAGGUGAGGAGACCUGGGAAGUCGGUUUUCCAAGUCCCUCGCCCAAGCAGGCUGACCUCCCUGAUGUCACGGGCUCACCAGGACCCCAGCCCUCAGAUCCCCCAGCCUCAGAGACUCCCGAUGGUCAGCCCAAGCCAGCGAUAGCAGCAAUGAACGGAGCAGACCCCAUCUCCCCCCAGCGGGUGAGAGGAGCAGUGGAGGCCCCAGGUACCCCCAAGUCCCUCAUCCCUGACCCCUCGGACCCUGGCCCAGCUACCAACCGAACAGAGAGCCCCAUGGGGGCCCUGCAGCCAGAUGAAGCCGAGGAGUGGCCCGGGCGCCCCCAAAGCCAUCCCCCAGCACCCCCAGUCCAGGCCCCCUCGACGUCACGCCGGGGCCUCAUUCGGGUUACCACGCAGCGGGCCCUGGGCCAGCCACCCCCUCCGGAGCCCUCAGCCAGCUCCAUGGCAUCAGCCCCAGCCUCCAGCCCCCCGGCCAACGCCACCGCACCCCCCCUGCGCUGGGGUCCCCUGCGGCGGGUGCUGAGCUUUUCCUGGGAGCUGCACGUCUAUGGGGUGGGGGUGCUCUUCCUGCUGCCCGCUUUGUUGGCACUGGCCUCGCUGGCAGCCGCCCCUGCAGGCCCCCGGCUAGCCCUGGUGGCGGCGGUGCUGGUGCUCGUGGCGUCGGGGCUGCGAUCCGCCUACAUGCUCGCUGACCCGUACGGCUCGCAGGCACGGCUGGGCUUACGCGCCGGCCUGGUGCUCUACAACCUGCCCUUCCCCUUGCUGCUCACCGCGCUGGCCGCCCUGACCCUGCUCGGCCUGGGCGCCGGGCUGCCACCGCAGCUACAGAACCCGGUCCUGCUGGGAGCGCUGGCCUUGGCGCACGGUGUGGGCUUGCUCACCACAGACCUGCUGUCCGCGAGGCCUGCGUUCAACCUCCUGGCCCAGGGCUUAUCGUGCGCCUGGGGCGCGACGGUGGCUCUGGGCACGCUCUGCCUGUGCCGUCGCCGCCUGCUGGACGGGCCGCGGGGCUGGGAUGCCAGCCCGGGCCCGCGGCUGUUGGCCGUGGCGGGCGCUCUGGGGCUGCUGGCCAGCGGCUUGCAGCUGGCGGCCGCGCUCUGGCUGUACCCGGGCCCAGGCCGGGUGGGCCGCUUCUCCUGGGCCUGGUGGGGCGUCCACUUCUGGCUGCGCCUGCUGGAGCUGACGUGGGCGCUCGCCUUGGCGCUGGCCGCCGUGGCCGCCGCGCGGCCCAGGCCGCCCACGGAGCACGCUUGCUGGGCUAAGCUGCUGCGCCUGGCGUGCCCCACGCCCUCAGGCAAGAGCGAGGUGCCCGAGCGACCCAACAACUGCUAUGCGGGACCCAGUGGCGUCGGCGCAGGCGGCUUGGACAUCAGCAAGAGCCUCAUCCGCAACCCAGCGGAGGGGGGGCCGCCGGCCACGCCCAGUUCGGCCGCCUGGGGCUCGGCUGCGUCGCUGGGCCGCGGUGCCCAGGGUGGCCCGGGACUGUCCCGCAGCAGCGUGGGGCCGGCGCCGUCGAUGAGCGAGCUGGACCUGCGGCCGCCGUCGCCCAUCAACCUGAGCCGCAGCAUCGACGCCGCGCUCUUCCGAGAGCACUUGGUGCGAGACAGCGUGUUCCGGCGCUGCGGCCUGCGCGGCCUGGCCUCCCCGCCGCCCGGGAGCGUGCUGCGGCCGCGCCGGGGCAGCCACCCCGACGCCGAGCUCGACGGCGCGGGCUCCGCGCUCCUCCGCGGCCGCUGCCGGUCGCUCAGCGACGUGCGCGUGCGCGGGCCGGUCCCACCACACGUAGCGGACGAGCCCGACGCGGGGGCCUCCGGCAGCUCAGCGGACAGCUUCUCCCGGGGCUCGCUCAAGAUCAGCUGGAACCCGUGGCGCCACGGUCUGUCGUCGUUGGACAGUCUGCCCUUGGAGGAGCUGCCCAGCACGGUGCACCUACUGCUUGCCCCCGCCCCUGCUCCCGCCCCGCCUGGGGAACCCCCGACUGAGGUCCAGCCUCGCUGCAAGCCCGGGGACUCCCGCAGCGCCUCCAGUGACACCAUCGAGCUCUGAGGGGUCCGGGGCCAAGGCCCCGCCCCCGAUGCCUGUAGGGCAUGGCCGACUGGGACCUUGAAAAACUGGCAUUCCCGGGCUUCCGCCUGACUCCAGCCCCGGAGACAGCCGGGCGUGAACCCACUCUGUUUUUUGUUUUUUAAAUAUCUAUUUUUUUCAGCGGGUAUUUUGCACAGAGGCCGUGACUUACGCGGAAUACAGGGUGGACAUGCACAGAUUUGGGUAUGGGGAGCGAGAUUCAGGUGCCCCAACACCCCUCCAGACUCCGUCGUGUGGAGAGAGAAGGCUCGCUUGUCCAGACUGACCGUCCUCUUUGUGCCAAAGAAAUAAACCCUUAGGACUUGGCUCCUGCC